AUGAGUGACAGCCGAGAGAAAAGGACUGCGCCGGGCAGCGGCAGCGGCUCCGGCAGUGUUGGGGGCGGGGGGUCGACCAAGUUUGGACUGGGGACUAGUUUUGAUGACCGUUGAUGGUGGUUGGCUACUACUACUCGACCAAUCAAAGAUUUUAUUUUUAUUUUUUAAUAUAUUCACAUAUAUUAUAUUUUUUAUAACUAUCGAAAUUAUUAUUCUCUUUAUUAUUACUAUUAUUUUAUUUUUAUUAGAACUCCACCAUACUUUAAUUAGCUAUAAACAAUCUUACUCUACGAGAGCCACCAAAAAAGGAACAAAGGCAAAUAGAUGAGACAUUUGAAUUAAGUGCCAAAAUGUGUGAUUUUGACCAAUGUUAGUGGCAAAUAAUAACAUAUCCACCUAAAGUAAACCCAUGAAUAAUAGUGACUGCAUAUAUUUGGAAUUUAUAGGAUAAACUGUUUGGUGACUUAGUAUGGUCUAUUCAGCGAUAUGUGACUUUCUUAUACAAUAAAUAUCCACUAAAAAUUAUAUUAUAUCAUUAUUUUGCAAGGCAAGGAUAUGCCAAGAAGGUAAGCAAAAAAAUACUGUGAGAAUCAAAAACAUGAAUAGAUGAACAUUUCUAAAUAUGGUAGUCAAAAUAUUUUUUAAUAAAUACACUGAACCUACAACAUGACGUCAAAUUUCAUCAAGCUGGGAAUUUUGUGGUGGAUUUUUAUGAAUUUAUUUUUUAAAAAAAUUAUAUACUCAUUAAUGUUUUCUUCUUCCAUCUAUCUUGAAUGUAUUUGGCAUACUAAUUCCAAGCCUUAAUAACUAAAUAAAUAGUGAAGAUGUUACCAACAGUGCCUUCCUCCUCUUUUGCCCCUACUGGCCCACUAAAUGGCUAUCUUUGUCUGUCAUCAAUAAGCACCUAUGAAUGAAUGUGAAUGAUUGUUUGAGAUUUUCUUAGCAAAGAGAUGAGGAUCAUUUAUAAGUUAUAGUGCAUAAAGCAUAAAUCAAAGUUAGGUGAAGUUACCAAUUUUGCCACCUUCUUCAUUUCCCAUUUAUCCUAUAUUUUCUAUUUUGAGAAAUAAAUUAGUCCCAUUAAUGGCCUAGUCUCUCCACCACAUGAGUCUUUCCAAAUUCCAUCUUACAACACAUCUUGCUACUAAAUUAGUAUACAACACUUCAUUAUAACAAUUCAUUAUCUAUAUGGAAAGUUGGUCAGUAUCAUGCAUAGGCUUCAUAAGUUUAUACCUCAUGGUUUAUGUUCAUUGACACUUGAUUAAUUUAGUUGAUAACUCUAGAGUAGUCAAUGUUAGCUCCUUCCUUGAAGGUGUCAAGUGAUCAAUCUUCUCAAUAUUUUUGGGAUAUUAGUUCAAGAAAUGGAUGGAUACUUGCUUUUGGAUCUUCUCUUCAUCAUCGUCUAAUGUGGAAGGAUGUCCUUGUCUUGUAGGGUUCAAUUUUGGCCCUCUAACAUUCACUUGUAAUGUUAGAAAUACUUAUAUAGCUGACAAUUAGUUUUCGCAUCACAUGCUUUUCAAACCACUUCAUAAAAUGGAUGUUAAUGAUGAUUUAUCAUAGAAAAGGGGAAAUUGUUGGCCUUUAGAGACAAACAUAUAUUUUGGCGCUAA